AUGGGUCAACAUUACGUCGACCUCAGUUGUACUUCAAUAACACCAGAAUGUCCUGUUGUAAACACCAUCUACGGGUACUAUCCUUCGCUACCCCUCAAUGCCUUCUUUGUCGCCUUCUUCUCGGUCUUUGCAAUCAAGAACGCGAUCUAUGGCAUCUACUUCAAGACGUACUUCUUUGCUUAUGUCAUGACUGUGGGUUGUAUUUCUGAAGCCAUUGGAUAUGGGGGUAGGAUCAUGAUGCACAAGAAUCCAUUCGAUGAGAUCGGGUUUCGGAUGCAGAUCUCCUGCCUCAUUUUCGCACCCGCAUUCGUCAACGCUGCUAUCUACAUCACCCUGAAGCACAUAGUCAUGUUCUUCGGAACUGCAAAGUCUCGAUUGGCACCCGGAUGGUAUACCUGGAUUUUCAUUACUUGCGAUUUCACAUCUCUCAUGCUUCAAGCCGUCGGAGGGGGAUUGGCAGGAGGUGCUGGGCAGGACGCUGCACUGAGGGCCAAAGGGACAAAUACCAUGCUAGCCGGAAUAGUGUUCCAGGUUGCGACACUGAUCAUUUUUGGGUAUCUGGCACUCGAGUAUGUCGUGCGCACAAGACGCUCGUGGGGGACAGUGUCGCCUGGCGCAAGAAAGUUCGCCCAGAAGACUUCGUUCAAACUGUUCGCCGCCGGCAUCGUCAUUGCCUUUGUCACAAUUUUCACCAGAUGCGUGUACCGAAUUGCCGAAAUAGUUGGGGGAUGGGCCAAUCCUAUCAUGCGAAAUGAAGUUGAAUACGUUGUUCUAGAAGGCUUCAUGAUCGUCAUUUCAACUCUCGCGCUGACGACAUUCCAUCCGGGAUAUUGUUUCCCAUUCAUUGGAAACGUUCAUCGUUACCAGUUGGAGGCAAUUGAGAGCAUUCCAGAGAGAACUCCUAGAACUCACUUCAGAGACCGUAUGAGAAAGAAGGAACAGGAGCACAUUACAGCUCUGUAG